AUGACUGCGCCAACAGGCAAUGGCGAUGUGCCUGUGCCGGAUGCAGCAGCGGCCGUCGUGUCCAAACCAAAGCGCGUCCGCACCGGAUGCUUGACGUGUCGCGAGCGCCAUCUCAAGUGCGACGAGGGGGCUCCCAUCUGCCAGAAUUGUCGCAAGUCGAACCGCCAGUGCAAACGCGGUCUGCGCCUCAACUUCAUCGACACCAACUGCCAAGGUCCGCCGCAGAAAGCGCCCACCCUAGAAUGGAAGGUGGACUUCAUGGACGAGUCCCGCGACAUUGCUUCCGAGUAUGUCGGAGGUCUGGAAAAGUACGGUGCAAAGGAUGCGCGUCCUUCACGGCCCUCGAUCGUCCAGCCGCAGUUGCAACCUACCGACAUGACUGGAAUGCCCAUGUUUGAAUACAAUCCAGCUGCCGCUCACGCACAUGCACAGGCUCAAGCACAUGCCCAAGCUCAAGCGCAAGCUCAUGCUCAGGCGCAAGCUCACGCUCAGGCACAGGCUCAAGGAAAUCCUCCGUCUGCUCCAAACAUGUCGUAUCAACCAUUACCUCCGAUCCAAGGCAUACUUCCCGAGUCAUAUCCCUCGACCGAAGAUCACAAGUACGACGCAUACAACACAUCCGCCCACGCCACCCAGGAUUCCCCUUUUUCAAAUCAGCAGAGAAACUCGAUAUCAGCAUACAGUCAACAACAAGACCAAGACGACGUUGCUGAGGGAAGGCGCGAAUUUCUCACUACACAAGAAGAGACGCUAUUCAUGCAGGUCUUUGUCGAAGAGGUGGGUCUUUGGAUGGAUAGCAUGGACCCCAUGAAACAUUUCUCACGCUUGCUACCGUUCCAUUCGUUAGGCGAGCCUAUGCUCCUGAAUGCAUUCCUGGCCUGUGGUGCCCGGCAUCUAGUGCUUGUCAACUCUGCUUACAGUGAAGAGAAGGCUCUGCACUAUUACGACACUGCAACAAGAUAUCUGCUCAAGAACCUCCAGAACCCUAACCGCGAUACCAUUGUGUGUGCUACCACCGCCGUCAUCUUGAACGUUUAUGAGAUCAUGAGUGAGCGCGCCUUGCAGAGGAUGAAUCAUAUCGCAGGCGCUCGCGCUCUUAUCAAAGAAUGCGGGUGGAAUGCGCGCUCUCAAGGUAUUGGUGCCGCCUGUUUCUGGCUCAACGUUGGACUUGAAGUUCUGAGUUGCCUGCAUUUCAAUUGGCAAGUUGCUUGGGACCCUGAUGACUGGGGUAUUGACAUGGACUUCAACCGCGAGAUCCACAACGGCCGAGAAGAAAUCUGGACUCAUCGUAUGUUAUACAUCGUUGCGAAGGUCGCGAACUUUAGGGCCACCAUUCCCAGACAUCAGGAACCGGACCAGCGCGACGAGGAAAUGCGCCGACAGAACCGCUACGGUGAAUGGCAAAAGCUCAAGUCGUGGACAGAUGCUUGGAACGACAACAUACCUCGCACCAUGCAUCCCAUGGCCUAUCUCUACCCUCAACACACGUCUUCCAAAUCUUGUUUCCCCGAGGUGUGGUUAAUUAAGCGUACAACCAUUGUCGCUCGUCUAUUCUACCACACUGUCAUGGUCCUUCUUUCACAGAUACACCCUUACUUUGGCCUUGAUAAUCCCGAGAUGCACGACAUGCAGCAUCGCCAUUCGCAAAUGAUUUGUGGCAUUACUGCUCAUGUCAAGGACAGGGGAGUCGCUAGUGUAGCUAUCCGUUCCUUGGCCCAUGCCGCUGAGUGCUUGACCGACAGACGUGAGCAGGAAGAAGUGCUCCAAAUCUUCCAGAAAAUCAACAAGGAGACAGGGUGGCGUAUUGCAUUCGUCUUCAAGGAACUCAAGGAGAAAUGGGGCUGGCAAGACGAACCACAGCCGCCUGCCCAACCUAUUGCUUCUGUUCACUCCACAUCGCUGCUUACGAGUCCUGUGCCAAUGCAACAACCAUACGGACAGUAUUCGACCGCCAUCACACCCGUCGCUGCGCCUGCACCUGCACCGGCCCCAGCGCCUUCUCGACGACCACCAGCUGGUAUGGUCAACCCCAUGUUUGCUAACGCUGAUUUCACCAUGCCAUCGCAUCCUUACCAAAACGUCUAUGUGGCACCAAACCCCGUCACCAAUCAAUCUGCACUGUAUUAUCAGGCCUAG